AAGCCAUUAACCUACCUUGUUCAGAGAGAACAUUAAAUCAGCACAAUAUGGCACAGCAUAGUAUUGUCCUUGGAUUAUUCAUGAUGACUGUUUUAUCACUGUUGGAUGGAAGUUCAGCUUUCCUGUUAAAUCAGCGUCUGAAGGGAAGAUUUCAAAGAGACCGUAGAAACAUCCGUCCAAACAUCAUCCUUGUUCUUACUGAUGAUCAGGAUGUAGAACUUGGUUCUAUGCAAGUGAUGAAUAAAACAAGGCGGAUCAUGGAACACGGAGGUGCUCAUUUCAUCAAUGCCUUCGUGACAACACCCAUGUGCUGCCCAUCUCGCUCCUCUAUUCUUACGGGGAAGUACGUCCACAACCACAACACUUACACUAACAAUGAGAACUGUUCUUCUCCAUCCUGGCAGGCUCAGCAUGAAAUACGUACGUUUGCAGUGUACCUCAACAACACAGGAUACAGGACAGCUUUCUUUGGAAAGUACCUUAAUGAAUACAAUGGUUCCUAUGUGCCUGCUGGUUGGAAAGAAUGGGUUGGAUUACUUAAAAACUCUCGAUUUUACAACUACACACUCUGUAGAAAUGGAGUGAAGGAGAAGCAUGGAUUUGACUACUCCAGGGAUUAUCUAACUGAUCUGAUUACCAAUGACAGUAUUACCUUCUUCAGAAUCUCAAAGAAGAUGUAUCCUCACAGGCCUGUACUGAUGGUUAUAAGCCAUGCUGCUCCUCACGGCCCUGAAGAUUCAGCCCCUCAGUACUCACAUCUCUUUCCUAAUGCCUCACAACACAUCACUCCCAGUUAUAACUAUGCUCCAAACCCAGACAAGCACUGGAUAAUGAGGUAUACAGGUCCCAUGAAACCUAUACACAUGGAGUUCACUAACAUGCUACAGAGAAAGCGCCUUCAAACACUCAUGUCUGUGGACGACUCUAUGGAGAUGAUUUACAAUAUGUUGGUUGAAACCGGUGAACUGGACAAUACGUAUAUAAUAUACACAGCAGACCAUGGUUAUCAUAUUGGGCAGUUCGGGCUGGUGAAAGGAAAGUCCAUGCCAUAUGAGUUUGAUAUCAGAGUUCCUUUCUAUGUCCGAGGUCCAAAUGUGGAGGCUGGAUCCUUGAAUCCUCACAUUGUGUUGAAUAUUGAUCUCGCACCUACAAUUCUAGAUAUUGCCGGAUUAGAUAUUCCGUCUGAUAUGGAUGGUAAAUCCAUUCUAAAGCUUCUGGAUUCUGAGAGACCAGUGAAUAGGUUCCAUUUAAAGAAAAAGAUGAAGGUGUGGAGAGACUCGUUCCUAGUGGAAAGAGGUAAACUGCUGCAUAAGAGGGAGAAUGAGAAGGUAGAUGCCCAAGAAGAAAACUUUCUACCCAAAUACCAGCGUGUGAAAGACCUCUGUCAGCGAGCUGAGUAUCAAACAGCUUGUGAACAGCUUGGCCAGAAGUGGCAGUGUGUGGAAGAUGCCAGUGGAAAGCUCAAGCUACACAAGUGCAAGGGAAUGGCAAACUUGGCAACUGCAGGCAACAGCAAAGGCACCUCCAAUAUUUUGCCCAAGUAUUACAACAGGAAUAGUGAAGACUGCAAUUGUGAAGAGAACGAAUACAAGCUGAGCCACGUCGGACGGAGAAAGAAACUCUUCUCCAAGAAAAGUAAGCGAACCCACU